AUGGCAACCCGCGCAGCCUCUACCCUCCGUUCAUACCUGGCGGAUCCUUCCAAGACUCUCAUCUGUCCAGGCGUUCAGGAUGGUCUUUCCGCGCGCGUCUGCCUCGAGCAGGGCUUUGAAGCCCUCUACAUGACCGGCGCGGGAACAGCCAUCUCAACGCUGGGCAUGCCCGACCUCGGAUUGACAACCGCCGACGACAUGGUGCGCAACGCGGGCAUGCUUGCCUCGCUGGACCGGUCCGUGCCCGUGAUUGCCGAUGCCGACACGGGAUUUGGCGGGCCUGUAAUGGUUGCGCGGACGGUAGAGCGGUACAUCCUCUCUGGCAUCGCAGGCCUACACAUCGAGGACCAGGUGCUCUCCAAGCGGUGCGGCCACCUGCUAGGAAAAGAACUGGUCGACGUCGAGACGUUCACGGCGCGGAUCCGCGCGGCCGACGCGGCCCGCAAGCGACUCUCGUCGUCUGUGUCGGGGGCGUCCGACUUCGUCAUCAUUGCCCGCACCGACGCGCUGCAAAGCCUCGGCUUUGACGAGGCCGUGGCCCGGCUCAAAGCUGCGGUUGCCGCGGGGGCUGAUGUGGCGUUUUUGGAGGGGAUGAGGACGCUGGAUGAGAUGCGGAGGGUUGUAGAGGUCAUGGCACCGACGCCCUGCCUGCUAAACAUGGUGGCGGGCGGGGUUACGCCGCUGAUUGAUGCGGCCGCGGCCAGGGAGAUGGGCUACAAGAUCGUCAUAUGGCCGUGCUUCGCCAUGACGGCUGCGUACCUCGCCUAUCGGCAGGCGGCCGAGGAGCUGAAGACGACGGGGGCCAUCAAGGAGCGCGUUGGGCCCGACGGGAAGACGGUGGUCGGCGGGAUUCGCGACAUUUUCGAGCUCUGCGGGCUGACUAAGUGCGCCGAAUUCGACAGGGAGAUGGGAGGGAAGACGUUCGAAAAGGGUGUAUAG